CUUCGGUUCGCUUGACACAGAAGUCGGUUCGCUUCAGGCUGCGAAGUGAAACUUGCGUCUCACUUUCCGAAAACUUGCCGGACGAGCUACUUCUCUUUGUCCGAGCUAGCUGUAACGGAAAGCACCGGGGAUUUUUUUUUUUAAGCUCCACGAUGUCCGGGCACGGUCACGGGCACGGCUGCGGCUGCGAGGGGGAGCACGAGCCCGCGGAGAGGGGCCUGGAGUACGGGCUGUACCGGCGGAUCGACCUGGAGAAGCUGCAGUGCCUGAACGAGAGCAGAGACGGAGAUGGGAAGCUGGUGUUCAAACCGUGGGAUAAGCGGAACGAGCGGGACAAGUAUGUCGAGAGCGACGCAGAUGAAGAGCUGCUGUUCAACAUCCCUUUUACAGGCAGCGUGAAGCUGAAAGGCCUCAUCAUCUCUGGAGAAAAUGACGACUCUCAUCCCGCCGAGAUACGACUGUACAAGAACAUCCCUCAGAUGUCCUUCGACGACACCGGCAGAGAACCCGAACAAGCCUUCAGACUCAACAGAGACCCUGUCGCUGAGCUGGAGUACCCGACAAAGAUCGCUCGUUUUUCCAAUGUUCAGCACCUCUCCAUCCACAUCUCGAAGAACUUUGGAGCAGAGAGCACCAGGGUCUACUACAUCGGUCUGAGGGGAGAAUACUCAGAGGCUCACAGACAUGAGGUGACGAUCUGUAACUACGAGGCAUCAGCAAACCCUGCGGAUCACAAAGUGGAGAGCAUCAUCCCACAAACCAACUUCAUUUCCUGAAAGCUUCAGCGAGGAAGGCAACAGGAGGAGGAGGAAGAGGAGGAAGAGGAGGAGGAGGAGGAGAGUUUUCAGGGGCGUCUGCUUGACAGGGGUCAAAAAUUAAAAGAUGAUUGCAACGCUGCGUACCGGCAGGUUGGUUGAGCUCGACCGGGACUGAGCACGGAAAUCUGAAGACCGGAGAGCUUCAGGUGUGCCUGGAAGUGCCGAGUUGUUGCUCUGUUUUCUAAGGCAAUAAAGAGUGAACGCUUGUUGUGGGCAAAAAGCUUAAUAAUAAACGCAUGAAACAUUUAACACUCAGAUAAAGUCUGUUGUUAUCAGUUUAACCUGUAUACUCUGAUUCAUGAAUAAAGAUACACUUCAAUAACGUGACAGCUACUCUUAAAUAAAACACUGAAGGCUGGAAAUAAAA